GUGCUAUGUUGUCGUUAUUAAAAGCUAGUUGCCGAUGCAAAUCCCGUGGAGUAUAAUCAUUUUUUGAAGUUUAUUGUUGUCUGGCUAUAGGCAAUUAGUAAUUUCGGGUUACAUCAGUUAUCCUCUGGUGGUAGCAGAAACAGUGACACUAAGCUUAAAGUCAUGAAUCCUUCCCUCAGUAAACUGUUGAACAGCAGUUCAGGAGGCUGAUGUUAAAGUAGUCAUUAUAGUGACAAUAGAACUUACGUUUCAAAAAUUAUUUGAAGAUGUGACAACUAUAGAAGACGAAAAUAUCUAAUCAGAAAGAGAAACGCUUUUCGUACUAUUGAGUGGAAGUGAAUAUGUUGAACUAGUUUUGUGUUAACAUUUUCGAAGUUUAAAGUGGUGUUUGCUGAUGCACAACAACCUGAUGGGAAGUUGAUGUUUGUUAAGUGUAUCGUAUUUGUUGUUAUGACAACAACAGGUUUAUGAAGAAGAAUGCCAAUCCAGGCUCCCCAGUGGACUGAAUUUUUGUCAUGUCCUGUAUGCUGCAAUGAAUUUGAUGCUACUCUUCGUAGUCCAAUCAGCUUGGGAUGUGGACAUACUGUGUGCAAGACCUGUCUCUCCAAUUUACACAGGAAGCAGUGUCCCUUUGAUCAGACAGGCAUCAAUACCGAAAUUGAAAACCUACCUGUAAAUUUUGCGCUGCUGCAGUUAGUGGGUGCAAGCAUUCCAGAAAGCGAAGGGAGUGGCAACAUUAAGCACCUUACAGAAGAGGACUUGGAACAUUAUUUACAAGCAAAAAAAUGCAUAGAGGAACUUGCUCUGUACCUAAAACCAUUUUCGUCUGGGAAUGGAAAUGGUGGCACAAGUGUGCUUUCAAGGCCCAUGCAGCGAAAACUGGUGACACUUAUAAAUUGCCAGUUGAUGGAAGAAGAGGGCCGGUCAAGGGCAAUGCGAGCUGCUCGUUCACUCGGAGAGCGCACUGUCACAGAACUAAUACUACAGCAUCAAAAUCCUCAGCAAUUGUCUGCUAACUUAUGGGCAGCUGUGCGUGCACGUGGAUGCCAAUUUUUGGGUCCAGCUAUGCAAGAAGAAGUUCUGAAACUAGUUCUGCUUGCAUUGGAAGAUGGUUCAGCCUUGUCAAGAAAAGUGCUUGUAAUGUUUGUUGUGCAACGCUUAGAACCUCACUUUCCCCAAGCUUCAAAGACAAGCAUUGGUCAUGUGGUACAACUUCUAUAUAGGGCAUCAUGUUUUAAGGUUUCCAAAAGGGAAGGAGAUUCAUCUUUAAUGCAGUUAAAAGAAGAAUUUAGAACAUAUGAUGCCUUACGAAGGGAACAUGAUGCUCAAAUUGUCCAGAUAGCUACAGAAGCUGGCCUUCGAAUUGCUCCUGAUCAGUGGUCUGCUUUACUUUAUGGUGACACUGCCCACAAAUCACAUAUGCAAAGCAUUAUUGACAAACUACAAACUCCUCAAUCAUUUGCCCAGUCAGUACAAGAGUUGGUAAUUGCUCUUCAAAGGACAGGAGAUCCAGGAAACUUGUCUGUUCUUCGAUCUCAUUUAGAGUUGUUGGCAGCAAUUGAUCCAAGUCCAGAAUCAACCUCACCAACAUGGUCCGAGUGCUGUGGUGCCCUUGAAGCUGUGAGAACUGUAGUAACUGGCCUAGUCGAAUUUAUUCAACAUCACGGUAGUCGAAGACUUCAAGAGACAAGCCAUACGCAUAAUCCAAAAUACAAAAUAAGCAUGUGCCGAGAUCACACCUUACGAGGUAGUUGUCCACGUGGGACAAACUGUACAUUUGCUCAUUCAGAAGAAGAGCUUGAAAAGUACAGAGCAAAGAAUCGAAAAGCUGUUGUGAGAAGUAAUCCUACACAAUCCAAGGGGUCGGAUGCAAACCAAAAGGAGAACCAGACAAAUGACUUCCAUACCAAUGACAAGGUCUUCAUACAACCAGAUGACUUGCUUUAUUCCAACAGCAAUUCAUCUAUUACAUCAGCCCCUUUUGAGAACUCUGUUUUAAGAGAAGGUUUCAUUGGGAGUACAACACCUGUUCAAGUCCCAUCAGUUGCUGCUGCUGUUGUUCGACCACCAGUUGGCGUUUCAAUUCCUCCAGGAAGCUUCGAGUAUGCAAGACCUUACAGUGCAACUUACCCUUCACCAGGCCCACAGCCAACUUCUUCAGUGUACCAAACGCCUCAGCAGCAAAUGUUUGCUCCCAAUCCAGGAAAUUUCACGUCAGACAUAUACAGCAUGCUGCUGACCACAGGAGGCCAGGUGUAUGCCUCACCGCCACAGCCAGAUUACGGAUCUCCAGCACCUCCCACUGAACAUAGACCAAUAGAACCAGCUAGAACUAACAAUCGAGCUGCCACUUGGGACCACACGAAAACAAUCAGCACCAGUACACUUGCUUCUCAACAGCCAUGGCUUAUGUCCAUGUCCAACACUUCGGCAGCUGCUGCUAAUAAGAAAGUCACAUCCAAGAGCUUAGCAGCUCUUCAUCAGAGGAAGCUGGAAAUAAUUUCCCAGUUGGAGAAAGUUGUGGGAAUAUCUGCUGCAUCAGCAAUUUCCAGUUCUACUUCUUCCCAGGCCAGAGCGACAACUUCAUUCCCAAACACUGACAAUGAUGUGUGCACAUCAACAUAUUCCAUUUGGACAUCUGGAGGAAUUCUCCACACAGGAAGAGGAAGUGGUUCUCAGGUUAGCCACAUUUCCACAGCUACACAGCCUGCUGCUUUCUACAGGUCAGAUUCAAUUCUUGCAGAUGAUGAAUUCAUCCCAUUUGAUCCACCCAUUGUCAGCAAGUAUGGACCAAUUUCUCGAAUGUCAAAGGCAAUCCUACGUCCCAGUAGUUCAGUACAGGUUUCUUCAUCUUUUGGUGAUGGAACAAUCUCAACCCCAAUGGUACGCCGUCCAGUACCUGCUGCUAGCCCCGUUGCUUCUUGGUACUUCAGUACCGCACAAGGAUAUCCAGCAGCCUUGCAAGCAACCACUUUGCCAGGUGGCCACAUAGUAACUCCUGCAACUGCUGGAUUGGGUGAUGGCUACAUAACAAUUGGCCAUGGAAUUUUGGAUCCUCCUCAGCUGUUUGUACAAAAUAGAGUACCUGACUGUCCUUCAGAAGAAAGCUAUGCAAACAACCAGAAAAUGAGACAACAUUUGCGAACCUUGCACCGGAGAAUAAAUGAUUUGAAGCUGGUUUCACAUGGGAGUGCACUUACAGAAGGAGAAAAGCUUACACAGGAAUUGCAGCUUAUAGAGCAGGAAGAACUGAGACUGAAUUUCUUAUCAUCGGCAUUGCCAAUACCAGCUGGUGAAUUUUUAAGUAAUAAAAAUGACAGUUACUCUACUGAUCUGAAGUACAAUGGAGAUUGUCGAAGUGAUGAUGAAGAUACAUAUGAAGCAGGUAUAGCAAAUGACAUGCUCGAACUUGAACGGCGCUGGGAGUACGAGCUAGAGGAGCAGGAGAAGAGGUGGUCCAGUGAAGAAGAGUCAGGAAAAAAGUAGAUCUAAAUAGUCUCAUUGUCAGAGAUGAUAUUUAUUAUCAACCCAAUGGGUUCAGACUUGUAUUAAUACCAGGAUAUCCUGAAAGUGAAAAUUCGUAUAUAAAUUAUUAUAUUACAGUUGCUGAUGGAAAAAAUA